GGUAGCAACUGAGCAAUAAAAAAGCAAUUGGAUCGGGUCUGAUGACUAGUCUACUUUUUGCUGUACCAAAAACAACCAAAAUACCAAAUAUUGCUUAAUUAGGGGAAACUGUGUUUUUAUUUACAAUGAUGACUAGAUUAUUCUAGUAGAUGUUUCUAGUAGACGUGACUCACCACGAGUCAUUGGCACUCGUGUAUGAGUCAGGUUGUUUAUAACCUUUAGUAAUACGGACUAAACGCCAAUCCUCUCUACCUAACGACAGAAAUAGGACGACGUGUACGUGUUUCCAUCUGUACCAGGUUAGGCGGUUUCUAGCGGGACAUUUAUUUGCUUACAAAGAGGUGUUACAUUUGAGAUCCGUGGAAAUAGUAAAAAGUCCCGAUGGUAAAGUCUAUUUUACAGCGUCCCAUCAAACGAUUAGAGAUGUCGGAAUGGUUCUUUAUUCUGCUCAUCGCUGCACUCAGAGACAUUGAUGCCUUCGAAGUACAGGCGCCCCAGCCCAGAGUGGUAGCCGUCUAUGACCAGCCGGUUGUUUUGGGCUGUGUGUUCCCCCCUAGCCUUGACCCUGGUGCCCCCCUGAAAGAGGAUCUCGUGGUGACAUGGCAGAGGGUAGAAGAUUUGCGGGUGGUCCACAGUUUCUACUACGGAACAGACCAACUGGCGCACCAGAGCGGGGAGUACCACAACCGCACUGGACUGUUCCAUUCCCAGCUCCCUGGGGGAAACGCAUCCCUCAGGUUGGAGAGUGUAGGUCCAGGGGAUCAGGGAAGAUAUCUCUGUUCGGUUAAUAACAUGAAGGGGACAGGAAAGGCUGAGGUCCAGCUCAAAUACGCAGCAUUCUACACAGAGCCUCACCUCACAGUCCAGGCCCAGCACUCCUACAUGACCUUCCUCUAUGAGACUGAAGGUUACCCAGAACCAGAGGUCCGCUGGUUGGACCCGAAUGGCCAUAACCUCACGCAUAACAUCUCAGUGACCCAGUCGUCCAGGGCCCCGGGCCUGCUCCUCUCCCUCCGCACCCAGUUGGUGAUGCAGGCUGGUGGGGCAGUCAACUACACCUUCUCCCUGAGGAACCAGCUCCUGGAGCAGGUCAUGGAGAGGUCACUGAGCUAUGAGUCAAGCAGCAGAAUCCAUGCCGACUGUCCCAGAGACAGAUCUACACUGCUGAUGUUGGUCAUCCCUGCUGGAGGCUUGGCGAUUUUCCUCAUAUUCCUUUACUUACGACGCCAACGGACAUGGAAAGCCACAUCUAAAUCACAAAAUAGGACAGAGAUAACUGUGCGUAAACAAACUUGUGACAAGAACACUGGUCCUCUAGAGGCAAGGACAUCCAACUGCGAUUCGUACGUCUCACCUCCAAGCCCAGUACAUGAAGUUUGAGAGACUCAUUGUUCAUUCUCUGCCAAGUCCAACGUGUGUUUCUGGUCUAGUAGUCGCAUGGUAACAUCCUUCCUGGAGCUGAGAAUGCUGGAAAUCCAGUCUGUCAGUAACAAUGAAUCACAGUUUCAUUAGGUGGUGGUAACAUUAAAUGACUCUUUCUUCUCGACAUUGCCCAACAUGUUAUCACUGGGUCAGAUUACUGGAGAGGGAACCAGACACAAAGCUUCUAUUGAGAGACGGUCUCAUUACAGACCCGAGGGGAAAACAAUCUGACAGAUUUGGUGGGAGGGGCCACUAACAACAAUUCAGAACAGUGUUUAUGGGAAAUGAGUGGCAAAAGCCAUUUACCGUUUGACACGAUUCGUGUUCUUAGACAUUUAUUUUCCUGUGUAAAGUGCAUUCAAAGUAUUCAAACCCCUUGACUUUUUCCACAUUUUGUUACGUUACAGCCUGAUUUUCCUCAUCAAUCUACACACAAUAUCCCAUAAUGACAAAGUAAAAACAGGUUAAGAAAUUUUGGCAAAUGUAUUAAAAAUAAAAUAAAAAGCUUUUUUUUACUUAAGUAUUCAGACCCUUUGCUACGAGACUGGAAAUUGAGCUCACAUGCAUCUGGUUUCCAUUGAUCAUCCUUGAGAUGUUUCUACAACUUGAUGGGAGUCCACCUGUGGUAAAUUCAAUUGAUUGGACAUGAGUUGGAAAGGCACACACUUGUCUAUAUGAGGUCCCACAGUUGACAGUGCAUGUCAAAGUAAAAACCAAGCCAUGAGGAAUUGUCCGUAGAGCUCCGAGACAAGAUUGUGUCGAGGCACAGAUCUGAGGAAGGGUAACAAAACAUUUCUGCAGCAUUCAAGGUCCCCAAUAACCCAGGGGCUUCCAUCAUUCUUGAAUGGAAGAAGUUUGGAACCACCAAGACCCUUCCUAGAGCUGGACGCCCGGCCAAACUGAGCAAUCGGGAGAAGGGCCUUGGUCAGGGAGGUGAUCAAGAACCCGAUGGUAACUCUGACAGAGUUCCAGAGUUCCUCUGUGGAGAUGGGAGAACCUCCCAGAAGGACAACCAUCUCUGCAGCACUCCACCAAUCAGGCCUUUAUGGUAGCGUAGCCAGACGGAAGCCACUCAGUAAAAGGCACAUGACAUCCCGCUUGGAGCUUGCCGAAAGGCACAUAAAAACUCUCAGACCAUGAGAAACAAGAUUCUCUGGUCCGAUGAAACCAAGAGUGAACUCUUUGGUCUGAAUGCCAAGUGUCACAUCUGGAGGAAACCUGGCACCAUCCCUACAGUGAAGCAUGGUGGUGGCAGCAUCAGUCUGUGGUGAUGUUUUUCAGCGGCAGGGACUGAGAGACUAGUUAGGAUUGGGGGAAAGAUGAAUGGAGCAAAGUACAGAGAGAUCCUUGAUGAAACCUGCUCCAGGGUGCUCAGGACCUCAGACUGGGGCGAAGGUUCCCCUUCCAGCAGUACAACGACCCUAAGGACACAGCCAAGACAAUGCAAGAGUGGCUUCGGGACAAGCCUCUGAAUGUCUUUUAGUGGCCCAGCCAGAGCCCAGACUUGAACCCGAUCAAACAUCUCUGGAGAGACCUGAAAAUAUCUGUGCCGCUACGCUCCCCAUCCAACCUGAAAGAACUUGAGAGGAUCUCCAGAAAAGAAUGUGAGAAACUCCCCAAAUAUAGGUGUGUCAAGCUUGUUACGUAAUACCCAAGAAGACUCGAGGCUGUAAUCACUGCUAAAGGUGUCACGAUCGUCUUUAGGUGAAAGAGAGGACCAAGGCGCAGCGUGAUAUAAAUACAUAUUUGUAUUAAUUUAAGAAAGACUUAGAACACUAAAACAAACUAAACAAAACAACAAACCGAACGACCGUGAAGCUAUACAAGACAAAUAAGUGGCAGGUUUACACAUAGACAAUCACCCACAACCUACCUAAUGACUAUGGCUGCCUAAAUAUGGCUCCCAAUCAGAGACAAAUCAAUUUCAGAAUAAGGCUGUAACGUAACAAAAUGUAGAAAAAGUCAAGGGGCACACCUGUAUUGUACAAUAUUUGUCCAUUUAUUAUUUUUUACAAUUCUUCAAAUCUCCUUCAAAUUGGUUGUUGAUCAUUGUUUGAUUAUUUUCCCUUAACCCUACCAUCGCUUACCUAAUUAAAGUAAACUAAUGGACAGCAAUUCUUAGGCUUCUACUUCCAGUUUAUACAUUCUAUAUACAUUUUACAGACACUGUAUAGUUUAAAAU